CAACACUACAACUGACUGAAUCAGCUGCUCGAAUCAGAAUCUACGCACAAAUUGAGACAAAGUUCAACUUAAAAACGAAAGAAGAGAUUACUGAAGCGCACAACGAUGAUUGUCUCACGCCUGGCAUUCCCCAUUAGUCAUGCCCUGCAGCGGGUAACGCGCCGUGUGGCGGAACACCCCCACAACCUAAGGAUCCUGCAGCGCCACAUGUCCAGCGUGUACUUCCGCAGUGGAGCCAUCAAACCGAAGCCCGAGGAGAUGCCCUUCGGCCUGCUGGCCAUCUUCUGUGCCGUCAUACCGGGACUCUUCGUGGGCGCCACCAUCAGCAAGAACGUGGCCAACUUCCUGGAGGAGAACGAUCUGUUCGUGCCCGCGGAUGACGACGACGACGAGGAUUAGGCAUCCGGACACUUGACAAUCUUCAUGUGGGAGUGCCUCCUAGUCGGAAUAAAUAUGUUCGGUUGUAGCUCCACGUUGCCCCACGCAGAGGAACCCUGCUCUCGGGCAUAUAUUUAUUCAUUAAUUAGCCUCCUUUUUCUACUCUUAAGAAUCCUGCAUUUUAUGUGUUUUGUGCUGUAUUCUUGAAAUCCCGCUUUGAUAUUUCGUCUAUCUGAAUGUUAACUAUGCUCGUUAAGUAAUUGAAUGAGGUAGAAUUAAAUAAAGUUUAUUCGACUAUGCUUAAAACUUGUGUUAUUAUAUAAUGAUGCUCUGCUACAUAUAUAGCAUUUCAUAUGAAACAACUAUUAUAUAUGUACGUUUACAUUUAAUAGAAAUCAAAAACUUAAAUAUAAACAUCCAAGUUUGGUCAACCCACCCACAUUCCGCUGAAAAAUGAAACACUCGCUCUUGCCGAAGUGGAAUUUUAUUGUAAUUAAAUUUGUUGGGUGUACAAAGGUAUGUUUUAAGGACUUUCUCUGCGUUUAUUACAAUUUCUUUAAAUGGUUUCAAUUGCUGGGCUUUUGCUUCGAAGAUGCGCAGUCAAGUUGCAACGAUCCUAUUUUUUCUUGAAUCAUACAAAUUAUGUUUUAUUUCGCUUUAAUAUAUAAGGAUACAUAUAUAUCUGCUAUAUAUAGAAGUGUGUUGACUUGCGUAUAUUUCGUGAAAAGUAAAAGUUUUCCUCAAUUUUCCCUUGAACGAACAUUCCAAUUCGGGUUUUGGUUAUGUUUUCUGUAUUACUCUCAUUAUUUUGUUUGCUUUUUUUAAAUAUUUUUGCAUUUUCUGCAUACAUGUGGUUUUGUGUUUUGCAAUUUUUUCAAUCAUUUUUCCUUGGGUUUUUAUUUGUUUUUAGUUUUCGAUUUGUUUAAUAAAAAAAUAUGUAUUUCACUGCCCCGAGCGGCGACUUUUGUUUUACUUCCGCUUGCGUUAAUAUAUCAUUUUGUGUAUGUAUGGUGUAAAAACAUUAUUUACUGGUAAUAUUUUCUCGAUUCCCUUUGUAACAACAG